AUGGAGCUUCUUGCACGACAUCCUCACCCAGUUCCCCUGGGCACAAAAUCAUUAGGACCAAUUUCCACUCUGGCACCAUUUUCAGCCUUGAUUAUCUCCAUCGUGCUAGUCAUCAUCUUCCUCGUUCGCCUCUACGUCCUCGAAGGAUUUCUCAUUUGUCAUUUAUAUGGCCCCAUCUACACCCAGAUGAGUGAGCUGAACCGUCGAGGGUUCAUAAAUCACCACAUCGCCGGUGUCACCAAGCUCAUCAUUUUGAUUGUUGCCGCAUACCCCUUCAUCGGUGUCACUUUCUGCAAUGGCCCGUCAUUCAACACUCCCUUCGUCCAUGGCUCAGGAGUGACCCUGGGAGACAUUCUGAUUGUUGUAUCCCAGAUGUUGAUUGGUAUAUACCUUUUUGAGUUGAUCUACCGCGUGAAGCUGUCACCCGUGGCCGUAAUGCACCAUAUUGGGACAAUCUUCAUUGGCCAAGCCGCCAUAGCGAUCAGUCUGCGACCGCUACGCGAACCUGAUUCGUACAUCGAGUUCGUCCUCUGUACUGUCUGGGGUGCAUUCGACGCCGUUUUCGAGUUAUUCCCCCACCUCGCUAUAGUCCUGUACCGGAUCUUCCCCGACCGCCACCACUUUCUCAGCAAUCUUUUCCUCUUCUCCUGUUUCUCAACCGCAUUGGGGACAGCCGCCGAGACCGUGGUGACCAUGUGGCUGUUUGCAAGUACGUGGGACCGGUGGCGGCUUGCCUUCAAGGUUGUCACGCCAAUUCUGCACGUGGCGUUCUCCGCGGCUCAGAUCCAUGGUAGUCUUGUCUUCUGGCGGAUGUACCGCCGUCAAAAGCGCUUCCAGAUGGAGGCUGAUGCCGAAGCCAGAGAUAGCAAUAUCAAGGGUGAGAAUGAGGGCUCGGUAAAUGAUCGUCAGCCCCAAAGCCGGAGUGGCCAGAGCAUGGAGGAGGUCAAUGCUGACUUGGUCACUGUAAAAUCGGGGGUCCCGGUUGUUGCUACUGUUGAGAGGUCCUGUUAG